UGUAGUCGGGGACGCGCGGGGGAGGGGAGCGGUCACGUGGGCAGGCGGCGGCGCGACUAUCGGCUCUGGGCGCUCAGGGCCGCGGCCUCUGGCGACCCCUGUCCCUGCCCCUUACCGGCAACCACAGUCCCGUGAGCUGCCGUCAGGUACGCCCUCGUCAGGUGGCCCCGGACGCGCCAGGCUGGGGCCGCCUCUGAGCGCCCCGCGGGGCCAUGGACGUGGAGACAGCAGAGGAGCAGGGGGGCCCUGCGCCCCCGUCAGGUGCACCCUGCGGACCUUGUUCCGCCCGGCGGGAGCCCAAGAAGUACGCAGUGACCGAUGACUACCAGUUGUCCAAGCAGGUGCUGGGCUUGGGUGUGAACGGCAAGGUGCUGGAGUGCUUCCACCGGCGCACUGGGCAGAAGUGUGCCCUGAAGCUCCUGUACGACAGCCCCAAGGCCCGGCAGGAGGUGGACCACCACUGGCAGGCCUCUGGUGGCCCCCACAUCGUGCGCAUCCUGGAUGUUUAUGAGAAUAUGCAUCACAGCAAACGCUGUCUCCUCAUCGUCAUGGAAUGCAUGGAAGGUGGUGAGUUGUUCAGCAGGAUUCAGGAGCGUGGUGACCAGGCUUUCACUGAAAGAGAAGCCGCAGAGAUCAUGCGAGAUAUUGGCACUGCCAUCCAGUUUCUGCACAGCCGGAACAUCGCCCACCGAGAUGUUAAGCCUGAAAACCUGCUCUACACGUCCAAGGAUAAAGAUGCGGUGCUGAAGCUCACGGACUUUGGCUUUGCCAAAGAGACCACCCAGAAUGCCCUGCAAACUCCAUGUUACACUCCCUACUAUGUGGCUCCUGAGGUUCUGGGUCCAGAGAAGUAUGACAAGUCAUGUGACAUGUGGUCCCUGGGCGUCAUCAUGUACAUCCUCCUGUGCGGCUUCCCGCCCUUCUACUCCAACACGGGCCAGGCCAUCUCCCCGGGGAUGAAGAGGAGGAUCCGCCUGGGCCAGUAUGGCUUCCCCAGCCCUGAGUGGUCCGAGGUCUCCGAGGAUGCCAAGCAGCUGAUCCGCCUCCUGCUGAAGACGGACCCCACCGAGAGGCUGACCAUCACACAAUUCAUGAACCAUCCCUGGAUCAACCAAUCGAUGGUGGUGCCCCAGACUCCACUCCACACGGCCCGAGUGCUGCAGGAGGACAGAGACCACUGGGAUGAAGUCAAGGAGGAAAUGACCAGUGCCUUGGCAACCAUGCGGGUGGACUAUGACCAGGUGAAGAUCAAGGACCUGAAGACCUCUAACAACCGGCUCCUCAACAAGCGGAGGAAGAAGCAGGCAGGCAGCUCCUCGGGCUCACAGGGCUGCAACAAUCAGUAGCUCCUGCGACCUUGGGGGAGCCAGAGGACACACUGGAGUGGGCUGAAGCCCUGACCUGGAGGGCUCAGGGCCCUGUUUUUUUAACAAAAGAGUUGUUUGUGCUGUGUUGCAAUUUGUCACUUGGAACUUCGGGAUGGGGGAACAUGACCCCAAGUCCUUCAGAAUCGCAUCCCGGGGUCAGGCCCUAGAGAAGGGCCACAACCUGGGCCCCAGGGAGCCAUGUGCUGCAGCUCCAGUGCCUUUGAUCACGGCGGCCUGAAUGCCCUGUGGCUGCAUCCUGCUCAGGGCCUGGCCUUAGAGUUUUAGGCCCCUCGGCAUUGUGGUUGGUCUUCCCUCCUGUGAAAAAAGCUCCCCAGAGGGUGGGCAGAUGGGCCUGGCCUUGGGAAAGGCAUCUGGCCACUGGUUGUCAUGGCGACCAGGGACAGAGUUGCCAGUCUCGAAUGCUGAGUGAGUGAGCAAGGGAGGGAGGGGGGCAAUUGAGGGUCUGCCUGUCUUCUUGGGGAGGAUGCUCUCCUUGUGCCACUCACCCCUCUCAGACUCCCCUCCACCCUUCCGUCUUUGGUCUCCCUGAAGUGUCAGGGUCAGUCUGCCUGGCUCCCUGGGUGGUCCAGCGCUGUGUUGCUGCAACCCAUCCCACAGGGCCCUUGGAAGUCUCCUUCCACAGAGUGCCUGAGCCUAGCCAUCCUGUUACGACACCCCCCCACCCCAUCCAGAGUGGCCUCUCAUCUCAGUGAGGGGUUUGGGGGGGCAGAUGUUUUUAACCCUUUUUUUACUUUGGAAAAUGUCACUGUGACAAAAGCCAGUACAGUUACCCUGCCCCCACCUGCUCAUCGGAUCCCAGGCAGGAAAGCCUGUGCUUAAGGGUUCACCCCCUACUCUGUCCUGGUUGAUGACAGGGCUUGUCUCCUGGUGUACUUUUGUGAGAGUGGAUGGCUGGAGGCAGGGCUAAGGGGCUCCCCCUUAAUCCAGGGCCUCUUUCUGUAAUUUGGGUCAGACUCAAGGUAGUGGAGGGCUGCUGUUUAGAGGGUCUGGUCCUUUCUUUUUUGCCUGAGUCGGAGCAGACAGGGCCCCUCCCUCGCUGCUCCAGGCCCACACUUCCCUGGGAGUCUCAGGAUGCUGAAUGCCUGAUAUGGGCCUGGCCAGUGCCUGGCCCCAGCCUGCUUCCCGGUUCCUCACCCUUCUCUCACUGGCUGGGAAACCCUAGACCAUGUCAGGGAGGACAACACUGCUGGGUUCUAUAUCCAGGUAUUAAUAAACAGCAUUUUGGCAUUUU